CUCUGUACUAUUGUUUUUUCGAGCAUUUCCGUCUUCGAACAAUAAAUCGUGUAUCAGUAGUAUGUCCCAGAAUCCGAGUACAUGUGUACCGGGAGUAGGGGUGCCUUCGAUGAUGGCAGGUGCAGCGCCUCCAACUGCUGGUGGCCUUCAACAAGGAGCCCCAAUGAAUGCUUCAAACUUCACUUUUAAUGGGAAUGCACAGCUGGGGCAGAUUAAUCAGUCAGUGAAACCUAAUAACAAGGCUGAGGUUGUACAAGAACUGGAAGGUGUAUCUACUGCACAGCCCACUCCAACAAGUAAUUUGUCAAGUUCCUUUUCGGGUGUGCCUCCUGCACCAUCAUAUCAGGUUCUUCCAGGAUUUGCUAAUAGUCCUGCAACACCUCCCCCAGGAAUUUCUCCAUCAAUACCUUUACCCGCCAAUGUGGCUGUCACUCCAUCUAGUGAUCUUUCUACUGCAUUUCUGAGACCGAACAAUCAAAGUAUACUUGUGCUUUCAAAUCCUCCUGUUCAGCAUCAGCGAUAUGCCCCAUAUCCUUCUGUGUCUCCUGCAGCUGCUUCAUUACGGGGACCAUGGUUGCAGCCCCCACAGGUUAGUGGCCUGAUAAGACCACCAUUUUCAGCAUAUCCUGUAGCUAUUACGGGUCCCUUUCCUUUGCCAGCUCGAAAUACACCUAUCCCAUCUGUUCCAUUGCUCGACACACAAGCCCCUGGUGUAACCAAUGCAGAAGCACCUUCUGCAACUCCCAUUCAUACUGUAGCUUCUGUUAGCCAGUCAACAACUGGUGUCUUGCAAGCAGAGAUUCCUCCUGGGAUUGAUAAUGUUAAAAGUGCAAAUGCAGUUGACAUCAAAGAUGGAUCUCCAGCCAAUGAACAUCUGGAAGCCUGGACAGCACAUAGGACAGAAACUGGAGCUCUGUACUACUAUAAUGCUGUGACGGGAGAAUCUACUUAUGAAAAGCCUUCAGGCUUUGUGGGGGAGCCCGAGAAAGUAACUGCCCAGCCAACUCCAGUUACUUGGGAGAAAUUGGCUGGUACAGAUUGGACCUUGGUGACCACUAAUGAUGGGAAAAAAUAUUAUUUCAACACAAAAACUAAGCCUUUUCCUUUAUUUUCUCUUCAACAGACAAGUGGUAUACAAGUAGAAGUUUUCCAUAAUGUCCAUGGCAAUACACACCUAGACGUAGUUCUUUGCUGCUUCUGUGAAUGGUUGAUUGUCAUAUCUUCAGAAGUGCCAUGUUGUGAUUGUACAUUUUUUGGUGAAACUCCUAUGCUGCUAGGAAAAUUGAGUAGCUGGCAAAUUCCCAGUGAACUGACUGAGUUAAAAAAGAAGCAGGAUGCUGAUGCCUCAAGGACAUCCAUGGCAGUGUCUAGUUCUAGUGUGUUAUCUGAAAAAGGAUCAACUCCUAUUGCUUUGAGUGCCCCUGCUAUUACCACAGGCGGUCGUGAUGCCACAGUUCUAAGGUCAUCAACUGUGGUAGGACCCUCUUCGGCAUUGGAUCUUAUAAAAAAGAAGUUGCAGGAUUCUGGUGUCCCUCCUGCAACUUCACCUGGUACAGGUUUGCCUGGAGCAGUUUCAUCAGAUCCAAACGGUUCAAAAUUAGUCGAGGCUAGGGAUUCUCGAAGUGAUAAUAGCAAAGAAAAUGUAAAAGAAACUAAUGGAGAAAGUAAUCUGUCUGAUACCUCAUCAGAUUCUGAGGAUGAUGAUAAUGGACCAAGAAAGGAGGAGUGUAUCAUCCAAUUUAAGGAAAUGCUCAAGGAACGUGGUGUAGCACCAUUUUCAAAAUGGGAAAAGGAACUUCCAAAGAUAUUUUAUGACCCACGGUUUAAGGCAAUUCCAAGUCAUAGUGCUCGAAGAGCCUUGUUUGAGCACUAUGUCAGAACUCGCGCUGAAGAACAGCGAAAGGAGAGAAGGGCCGCUCAAAAAGCUGCAGUUGAGGGGUUCAAGAAAUUAUUAGAAGAAGUGAAGGAGGAUAUUGAUGAUCAGACUGAUUAUCAAACAUUCAAGAAGAAGUGGGGACAUGAUCCGCGCUUUGUGGCCCUGGAGCGAAAAGAAAGAGAGGCUCUGUUGAAUGAAAGGAUCCUUCCACUGAAGAGAGCUGCUGAAGAGAAGGCUCAAGCUAUUCGUGCAGCAGCCAUUUCUAGUUUCAAAUCAAUGCUCAAGGAAGGAGAUAUUACUUCAAAUUCUCGCUGGUCAAAGGUUAAAGAUAGUCUGAGGAAUGAUCCUAGGUACAAGUCUGUUAAGCAUGAGGAUAGGGAGGCUUUGUUUAAUGAAUAUAUCGCUGAAUUGAAGGCUGCUGAAGAGGAGACGGAGCGCAUAGCAAAAGACAAAAAUAGUGAGGAGGAUAAACUAAAAGAAAGAGAACGAGCAUUGCGCAAACGGAAAGAAAGAGAAGAACAAGAAGUGGAGAGAGUGCGAUUGAAAGCACGUAGAAAGGAAGCGGUUGAAUCUUAUCAAGCUCUUUUGGUUGAGAGCAUUAAAGAUCCUCAGGUUUCACUUUAUGUUUUGUUUCAGAGUGAUUUUGCCUUUUGAUUUCUGACAUCUAUUGGAAUAUUGUAUUUCCUGGGAAUCAAGAAUAGUUAGAAAUUAGCGAACCCGCAUGUUUGAAUAUUAUCCUGCCUCAUUUAUUUUCAAUUCACAUCAAAUAAGGAGAUGCUUGCUAACUGGGUUGUUUGUAAUUUUCCUGUAAUUUGUU